CGGGGCUGCUGAACCUUUGGAGUUUGAUAUGAUGAUUGGGGAAUAACCGGAGUGACACGUCGCAAACCCUCCAUAAUCAAGGAGACCUUUUUCCCGGGUGGUGAUCUCCAAAAUUGCUCAGUGAGCACCCCUAAUUAACCUGAUUUUUUGCUGAUAAUCACUCACAAUGGAAUCAAAUCACAAAUCCGGGGAUGGAUUGACCGGCACACAGAAAGAAGCCGCCCUCCGUGCCUUAAUUCAGCGAACGGGAUAUAAUUUGAUCCAGGAAAAUGGGCAGAGGAAAUACGGAGGACCCCCACCGGGCUGGGAUGGGCCUCCCCCGGAGAGGGGCUGCGAGAUCUUCAUUGGGAAGCUGCCCCGAGACCUCUUUGAGGAUGAACUUGUCCCACUCUGCGAGAAGAUUGGCAAGAUCUACGAAAUGAGAAUGAUGAUGGACUUCAACGGUAACAACAGGGGCUAUGCCUUUGUGACCUUCUCGACCAAACAGGAGGCGAAGAACGCCAUAAAGACCCUCAACAAUUACGAAAUCAGGAACGGGCGGCUCCUGGGGGUCUGUGCCAGCGUGGACAACUGCCGCCUCUUCGUGGGGGGCAUCCCCAAGACCAAGAAGCGGGAGGAGAUUCUGGCAGAGAUGAAGAAGGUGACGGACGGCGUGGUGGACGUCAUCGUGUACCCCAGCGCCGCCGACAAGAGCAAGAACAGGGGCUUUGCCUUCGUGGAGUACGAGAGCCACCGGGCAGCAGCCAUGGCCAGGAGGAAGCUGCUCCCAGGCAGGAUCCAGCUCUGGGGACACCCCAUCGCCGUGGACUGGGCAGAGCCAGAGGUGGAGGUGGAUGAAGACACCAUGUCAUCAGUCAAAAUCCUCUACGUGAGGAACCUCAUGCUCUCCACCACCGAGGAGACCAUAGAAAAGGAGUUCAACAGCAUCAAACCAGGUGCGGUGGAGAGAGUGAAGAAAAUCAGAGACUACGCCUUCGUGCACUUCAGUAAGAGAGAACACGCCGUGGAAGCUAUGAAAGCAUUGAAUGGGAAGGUGCUGGACGGGUCCCCGAUCGAGGUGACCUUGGCCAAGCCGGUGGACAAGGACAGCUACGUGCGCUACACGCGCGGCACGGGCGGCAGGGGGGCCGCGCUGCCCGGGGACUGCACCUACACCUUCGGCCACGUCUACGACCCCGCCGCCGCCUACCUGGGCGCCCCGGUGUUCUACGCGCCCCCGGCCUACGCCGCCAUCCCCAGCCUGCCCUUCCCCAGCACCAAGGGGCUCAGCAGCAGGAGCGUCGUCCGGGCCCCCUCCAUCCGAGAAAUUUACAUGAAUGUACCUGUAGGGGCUGCGGGAGUUAGAGGACUGGGAGGUCGCGGCUACCUGGCGUACACGGGCCUGGGGCGAGGAUACCAGCUCAAAGAAAAGAGGGGAGAGGACAAACUCUACGACCUCCUGCCAGGGAUGGAGCUCACACCGAUGAACCACGUCACGCUAAAGCCCCAGGGGAUCAAACUCGCUCCUCAGAUCUUAGAAGAAAUCUGCCAGAAAAACAACUGGGGACAGCCUGUUUACCAGCUCCACUCUGCAAUCGGCCAAGAUCAAAGACAGCUCUUCCUGUACAAAAUCACCAUCCCUGCCCUUGCCAGCCAGAACCCCACCAUACACCCCUUCACGCCGCCCAAGCUCAGCGCGUACAUCGACGAGGCCAAGACCUACGCGGCGGAGUACACCCUGCAGACCCUGGGCAUCCCCCUGGAGGGAGCGGAGGUGCCUCCUGCAGCGCCAGCUUUUGCAGGUAUGGGAAGGAUAUACCAUUGCUAACGCAGCUGCCACUGUCACAGCCACUCAGCUCAAGCAGGCAGUGACUGUGGGACAAGAUUUAGCAACUUACGCGGCGUACGAAGCCUAUCCCGCCUUCGCAGUGGCCGCACGCAGCGAUGGCUACGGAGCAUUUUAACCCUGGCCUUAAUCAAGCUCCCCUAAACCGAGCACAGGCAGAAAGGAAGGAGGGGGAAAAAAAAAAAGAAAAAAAUCUCAGUCUGGUAAUUUUUACACCCUCGUGAUUUUAAACUCCUCUGUCGCCUGAAGUUAAUCUGAGUCAGAGUUUCAGCCCUGCAGUUCUUUGGGUUUGUAACGGGAUAUUGGGGGGAGGGUGGGGGGGAAGGGAGAUGUUAAAGGGAAAAAAAUCACUCAAAAUCAGAUUUUCACAGUAGAAAGUGAAAGCUCAGCCCAGAAAUGAGCGGUUCUCAGGUGUAUAUAUAUAUAUAUGUAUUAUAUAUAUAUAUACACAGCCUAUUGUGUGUGUGUGUUUACAAGCAACAACCUGUGCUGAAUACAGUUGACCCUGUGGAUGUUGUGACAUGGGACAGGGGAAGGAAGGAGCACCCCCAGCAAAACCCUCCAUGCAUCAGGAAUUCUCCUCCAUUCACCCCAAAAUUUCUUCUCCAGCCUUGACUCCUGGGCCACAUGGAUUUGCCUCUCCCUGCCCCGGGCACCCCGUGCCCAAACUGUGUCAACAAAUCAGCAAAUAAUGGUGUAUUUUUGUCCUCUUUUCCUCGAAUGGCACAUUCAGUGAAGGACAGGAAAACUUUUAGGUCUAUUAAGGCUGAGGAUCAGAAAAGUGCUAUUCAUUAAGGCCAAUUCUGUACUUAAUUAGAGCAUGAGAGCUCACAGCCAUGGCCCAGUAAUAACAGGCACCUCUGCAGGAAUAAAAUGAUAUCCAAGGAACAUUCCCACAGCUUGGAAAGAGCCUUGCCUGGCUGUCAGUGCUACUUUACACACCAGAUCAAGGCUUCUGGCUGCUGUGAUUCCACCAAAAAUGAAUGUAGUGGAACAGCAGUAAAGGCACCUCUUGCUUUGGAGAGCACCAGAGGUUGGUGCUGUGUUUGAACACUUUGGGGGUGCUGAGAGCACCCCUUGGUUUACAGCAGGAGGGCAUUAUCCAUUUAUUUUUGCUGUGGGAUCAAGGUAGGAGUAGUGAUGCUCCAGAGAUACAGGAGGAACCUGGUGCUGGAUAACUAAGAGCAGGCAUAUUAAUCCUGUAUCACAUAUCCUGUGCAGUGAAGCAGUCUGUGAAAACUUCACUCUGCUCAGCCCAGGACAAAAAAAAAAAACAACCCACCUUUUUUGAGGGGGGAGAACUUACAGCUGGAUUGACGACACCCAUCGAUUCCAACAGAUCUGGCCCCAAAUUUUCCAUCUGCUCUGGGUGAUGGGAGGUGGCACCAAACAAGCCGUUCCAGGAGGAGAUUUUUUUCCCGUGCAUCCCCAAAACUGUACGAAGCACAGGGGUCUGUGACAAGGUGUUGACUACUGGGAACUAAGUGUUUUCUCUUCUCGUGCUCCGUCUGACUUGAUUUCACUCGGCAUGGAACAAAACCCCAUGAGCUGCAAGGUUUGUGGUCCCCUCAGGCCCCUUCUAUUUAUAAAGUAGCUCGUUGGGGUGACCCUAAAGGUAUUACAAGCCCUCUGUGGUUGCUGUUGGUCACACUUCAAAUGACAGAGCUGUUCACAGAGGGCGGAAUAACCGAGAGUGUUAUGGAUCUCGUGGCUUCUUUUUUCUCUUCUGUGUCUUUAAGUCGUGUUUGCCAACGAGUAACACGUCCCUGAGUGCGUCUCCCUAAAGGACCACCGUUGGCAGGAAGUGUUUCUCACUGUGCCUGUUCAGUGACUUUAGUCUGCUUUUUUCAGCUAUUUAUAUGAGUUCAGAAAGAUGUCAAAGAAAAAAGGCAAGAAGCAGUAUUAAAAAAGUGUGUGCGUGAAGCACUUAUUUUUGUACACUGGUACAAUAUUUGUAUAGAGUUUUAACACUAUGGAGUGUAGGAAAAAAAUCACACUUUCCAUUGAUUGGAGGACAAUGGUGUAUGUUUGAAGGGAAUGAAGUGGAAAUGGCAUCUCAAUCAGCCGUUACAAGCAAAUUAUAACUGGGAUUAAAUUCUGUGAAGCGGGUGUGUAAUUUUGGAGUGAUCCGAGGACAUUCACUGGACUUUGAAAUACCAUUAAAACUUUGUGAGCCAA